AUGUUGUGGUAUGUGCUGGGCGAGGAUGUUUGCACCGGAGAGGUAACCACCUGCGAGAGCGUAUACAAUACGAAAACAUGCACUGAAGUGGACGGCAAUCCGGAACAAUGUGCUGCUGAAACAAAAACCUGCGAGAGUGUUUGUGAGAGGGAUAAUAUUGAUGGCUAUGACUCUCCCUGCUGGUGUAAUCAAGACUUUCAAGGGUGUGAUGGUAAUUCCUGUGACUAUGCCAUUUCCUGUUCCGGGACCAUCAACUGUGCGGAUUUCGACAAUCCCGUACAUUGCUCGGUAACAAGAGGCUGCAAAUGGGGUCCUCCUGCCCCAACCAUUCCACCUGCUGAGCGUUCUGCUGUCAUCCAACAAUACCUGGUUGACCAAGGAGUAUCCACUUUGGUGGAUCUGGAGACGACAGGUUCGCCACAAAACAGGGCACUGACCUUUUUGGCGGCCAAUGAUACUUUACGAUUGGAACCUCCUCAGGGAGGUAUUGACACGAUAGAAGGCUAUGAAUUUGUCACUCGAUAUGCUUUUUCAGUACUCUUCUUCUCAACUUUGGGACCGACGGCAUGGCUAUUUGACUGUAAUUUCCUGGAACCAACCUCCAUUUGUUUCUGGUAUGAUAUUUUGCAGUAUCAGGAUGGAAGUACAGAAUUGAGGGGGGUCUUUUGUGAUCAAACCUCAGGUCAGCCUCGGGCUCUUUUCCUAAAUCGAAAUGAAUUGCAGGGCUCAUUACCAGCAGAAUUAGGCUUUGUUACCACUCUAACGGAUGUUGACUUUGAUCACAAUGACAUUGGAGAUUCCAUCCCUGAUACGUUCCAGCAAAUGACAAACCUGACAAACUUGUUUGUGGCAGACAAUCGUCUCCAGGGACCCAUCCCAGCCUGGAUCGGCAAUAUCACAAACUUGAAAAACAUCAAUUUGUCCUUUAACCAUAUGACAGGUGGAUUGCCACUCUCCUUGGGUACCCUGGAAAACCUGGAAGGGUUGGCCUUGGAUUACAAUCUUUUCACAUCUGAUUUGGAUGUCAUUGAAUCUUCAGACAUGCCCAGCUUAGAGCAGCUAUACUUGGAGAACAACCAAUUCACAGGGGCUCUGGGAGAUCAAUUUUUGAAGGAAAUGACCAACCUAAAGUAUCUUGAUAUCUCUGACAAUUACAUUGAUGGAAGUAUCCCCCCGCACCUGUUCACUAUGCCUGCUGUGAAAGUUUUGGAUUUGCACGACAAUGAAUUUACGGCUAUGCCAACUUUUUUCAAUGAAAACAACAUUAUGCAGUUGUUGGCCUUGCAGAAGAACCAGCUCAAGGGCUUUCCCGUUCCCACAUCCAUCAACGAGCUCAAAGGAUUGAAACACCUGGAUCUCUCUCAAAACGAAUUUACUGGUGAGAUCCCUGCAACCAUAGGAUCCAUGAGCAACUUGACUUACCUCUUCUUGGCUCAGAAUGACUUUGAAGUCAACAGUAUUCCAUCAUGGAUUGAAGGCUUGACAAAACUGCAGGAGCUGUCUCUGAAGAGCACCCAACGAACUGGCCCCAUCCCCAGCUUUUUGGGAGACUUGACCAGUCUUAUUCUGUUGGAUUUAGACAACAACAACCUUGUGGGAACCAUUCCUGCUUCACUGGGAGACUUGUGGGUGCUGCGCAUUCUACUAUUGAACAGGAACAAUCUAACCAGUGUGAUCCCUGACACGUUUGCCAAUUUGAUGAGUCUGAAACUGAUGUUUUUGGAUGCCAAUGACAGCAUUGAGGGAAAUCUGGGAGAUCUGUUUUGUGACAAUCCAAACUUUGCGCCUCGCCCCCCGGUUCUCAUUGCAUCUUGUGACAUCUGUAACAUAACUCCUGGGUGUUGUGCUCUGUGUUGUGAGGGGACAACAGAAUGCAACACAGGAAUUUAUGUUCCAGAUCUGGAUCCAAUCUGGCAGAAUAGCUAUCAGCGCACAGAAUUCACGUUUGGAAGAGAUGACUAUGUGGACAAGAACCGGACCUUGGACCUGGAUGUGGACAAUUCUACAAUGUCGGAGGAGCUGCCUUGA